AAGGCGUACAUGCAACAUUGUUUAUUGCGGCACCUACAGGCACCCGCCGUAAAAGUAAAGGAUGGCGACAGCGGAAGAUCCAGCGAGUAAAAGUCUCCCAGCCCAGAUAACAGAGGACGAAGCCGCACUAUAUGACCGGCAAAUCCGACUGUGGGGCCUAGAAGCCCAGCAGAGGAUGCGCAAUGCGACGAUAUUGGUGGUCAAGCUCAAGGGCGUCGCAACGGAGACGAUCAAGAAUAUCGUGCUUGCGGGGAUUGGGAAGCUCGUGAUCGUGGACGGGGAGGACGUGGCGGAGGAGGAUCUGGGGACAGGGUUUUUCUUCAGGGAUGAGGAUGUAGGUACCAAGAGAGUGGACGCCGCGAAGGCACGCAUCGAGAGUUUAAACCCUCUCGUCGCCGUUGAGACGAUACCAACUUCCUCUGUCUUGGAGAGGGAUAAACUGGACUCGUUGAUCCAAGGAGUUGACCUUGUCUGCGUAACGGACUCGGAGCGAGACUUUCUCAUCCGCGUGAACGAAGCAUGUAGAAGAUUUGGGAAGCCUUUCUAUGCAGGCGGGUCGUAUGGGCUGUAUGGAUACAUAUUCUGUGAUUUACUGAAACACGAAUAUCUUGCUCCUGACCGAAAUCCGCCAAAGGACGCACCCCCGAGGAGUGUCAAAAUGACCGCGACAUACUUCCCUUUGCACGCAGCUCUUAGACAUAAGUGGACCGGUAUGACGAAGAGGCAGACUCGGGAGCUCAAUCCUGGUGUUGUCUUUGCCAUUCUCGGCCUCUGGGAGUUUCAGUCCGUACACCGAGGGAAGCUGCCAGACGAUGCCAACCAUGCCGCUGAACUGCAGUCGAUUGCGAACAGCCUGCUGUCAGACGCGGAUCUGAACAAGCAAACCAUCACUGCUGUGCCCAGUGAGAUCAUCCAUUCUGUCUCCACUACGGCGACACACGAGUUCUCGCCGGUCUGCGCAGUGGUGGGGGGAAUGUUGGCGCAAGAUAUAUUAAAAGCGCUGGCUGCCCGGGAGCCUCCGAUUGCCAACUUUUUCGUGUUUGACGGUACGACAGGUGCAGGGACCGUCGUGAAAAUGGCUAUGCCUUAGCUUUCCUCCUGUAAGUAUUGUACGUAUGCUUUGUCUGCUCCUAUAUCAUAUACGUCACCGCGCGCUUCCUCUUCUGCGUC